AGUUACGUUCCGAUACGCGACAAGUGCAUAGUGUCCCGCUCCGAGGAGCAAUCGAUAUCAUAGAGGAUCGAUCUUAGUUACAAGUCGCUACAUAUCCGUCGCGGACUUUCCAUUGUUGUCGUGGCAUGCGGCAAAAGACCUCGUUUUAGAGCGGCAGCGAAUUACUUGGGCCAAGGGAAUGCAAACUGUGAUUCCAUUGCAAAGAGUUUGUUCGUUUGGCUUAAGUUAUUUUCAUGUCUAGCAUAACGCCACGUGGUAAAGUCCGACCCAGUUCCCCCAGUGUGCCGAAUUGCAACUCUAAGGCGUAACCAAUACAAUUAUUAGUAAAAAGGCGCCAGGUCAUUACAAAUUUGGUCGUUGCGCUUUUGUCGACGUCACCUGAAAUUGAAAUUGAACCGAGGAUCGCAUCGCAUUGGAUCGAAUCGCGGGCUGGUUAACCAGCCCUCAGUUUAGAUAAGAUUCGCCGUAAUCAAUCACAUAAAUUGCACAAACUUUGGUUCUUUCAUUCAGGUAGCGCGCAAAGAAAAUCGGGGAUUGAUAAUGACGCUGAUACGCGAUAUGCCAUAUACCACACAUCACACAUGAAAUGCAGGCUGGCUUCCUAAUCUUGAGCAGUUAACCUGAUUGCGUUCCGUAACCGAAACCGUAACCGAGACUGCUACCGAAUAAAUAAAUAUAACCACGAGUCGGAGCUGUGAUAGAAUGGGAAUGUCGGUGUGAUCAUAAAGGGGCGAUCGGAUUGGAUUGAAUAGAUCGACUUUUGGUUGAGGGGCAAAUACGUUUAUAAGGGAGCUACCGACUAUCAAGAAUGGGGCCAUAAAGCUAUUAUCAUUAUUGCUUUGUACGAUUUCACUCCCCGCCCCCAAACACUGUUUGCGCGACUGUAAAAUGUGAUUUUUGUAGACGUGUCGUAGCUUUCUAUUAACUUAUUCGAUACGCUCAACAGCCAGACCGAGGGACUGGAGAGAGGUUUUCCCUUAUGAAGGGUAACUGGCGAUAUGAUUUCGCGAUAAGACUCAAGUCGUCUGUCAAGAGUCCAGGUGGGGUCCAUAUAUCGUUGUUUGACCCAGAGGCGACGUGGCUCAUUCAUUUCCCACCCCAAUUGCUAUUCCGUGAUAAAGAUUCACACGAGUAUCGCGACGCAAGAGCCGCGACUUCGAGCUGUAACUGAUAAGUGUGCAACGUAUACAAACGUUGCUCGAGUUAUCAGUGAGAGUGACAACCGGAAAUUAAAGUUGAAAUCAACACGAUUACUUCAUUAGCUCUGUUUACUUACACUAUACACUUGCUAGGUUAUGGUUAGAGCUAUGUUAAAGGCGAAAGUUCGACAAGGUCACAAAUGUGAGGGUUCAAUAAACGAAAGGAUUCUCCCCUUGUCAGUCUGAUUUAUGUAGUUGAUUUCCUUAUUAAUAGAUAAACACGGUCGAAAUUAAUCAAUUAACUUUUGGGAUUAUUAGUAACAGGCUCAAUUCGUUACUCCGAGGUAUGAGGACCAAGAAGUUCUAAAGAGUAGUUGAAGAGUGUAAACGGACGGAAAUUGUUGAAACGCAAUUACAAGCUUGAGUCAAAAUUGAUCAGGUGCAAGCGACAGUCGAGGACGAGGAAAAUAAGAAACGAGAAAUGGGCAAUGGGUUUUACCCCAGACCCAAAUCCAGAGGCAAAGUGGAUGUCACUGUAGUAGUGGGUGCAGGCAACUUUAGCGAACGUGCCAAAGAAACGUCAAAAGAAAUGAAUUCCCUGUCCAAAAGCCUAAGAAGGCCUCAACGGUAUGAUGACGAAUGAUGAGUGGCCCCGAGAGAGCUUAGGUUUUCUCUAGGAGCGGGUGGGCAAUGGGGCAAAUGCAAAAACUUUAGACAGGGAAUCAAUUGUUGCCUUGUUUUAUUUCGCUCCUUCGUCGAAGACACGCAACAACAAUAGGCAAUGGCAAUAGCCUGGUAACUAGCUACAAAUGAGCAAGGUAGGUGUGGAAAGGGAGCACGGGGUUAGGUUGGUGGGAGUGGCAGGCCAACAACCGUGAAAAGAACUUCAGGAUGACAGUUAUGGGUUACAAAGGCAAGGAUUGAAUCAAAUAAAUAAAAGCGCAAGGUUCCACAGCACACAGUGCAACUCACUCAAUAAGGGAUGGAGGGUACUUACCUGGGUGUUUUGGGGUUGCCCGGGGUCCUUCGAAGCCGAUAACCUUACCAGUGUGUCCAUGUCAAGUUUGCAUGCGGCUGCAGGUAAUUCUUCAUUUCAUGCCGCCGCUUUACAUAAUCAUCAUAAAUGUAGAAAGCAAUGAAUGGCAAAUCUAUUAACAUAACAUCGCAUAAAACAAAAAUGUCUGCGCCGUCGUCAUCGUCAUCGGCUGCGGCAGAGACAUAGACAGAGACCGAGGCAACAAUAGCAUUUGGGGCACUUGGCUUGGUGCUGUGCCUGGUAGUCCGAUUGAAAUCAGUUGCAUUGGAGCCGUCGAACAGUCGCAAUGAACAUCUGGAAAGCAAAAGUGCUCACCGAAGUGCCUUUCGGGCAUGUGCUUAUUGUCAGCGGCAAAGUCAAACCUCAUCCCAAUAAAAUAUCACUCGACCUGACAGACAAUGUCAAUGCGGAGAAUGAAAGCGAAACGGUCUUCCUAAAGAUUGAGGCGAACUUUCGCGAAGGUCAGAUCAUACGCAGCAUGUUCCAGCCGGGCGAGGGCUGGAAACAGGAGGAGAUCUCGAAGAACUGGAAGUGUGAUGGUCCGAAGAAUCCUCUGGUGCCCGGCCAGUGCUUCACCUUUCGCGUUGCUGUCCUGCAGCGCUGCUUUGAAAUCUACGUAAAUGACCAGCUCUAUGGGUCGUUUGAGUUUGUCAAGUUCCCCAAGCAAAUCAAUUUCGUGCGCGCCUAUGGAGACUUUGAGAAGAUCACGCAAUUCCAUCAUCGUAUGCUCUUUCCCUUAGUGUUUCCACGCAGUCUUAUGUGCGUGGAUCGUGUCGCCUUUCAAAGCGAUGUGCCACGACGUUAUGAAACUGGCACCGUAGUGGCUAUGGAGUGCAUUGCCAAGGGGCCACCGACUACAGAGUUUUCUAUCUGUUUUCAGUGCAACGAUACCGGACGCAUGAUCCUCAAGUUCCAUGUUAAUUUUGACAAGACGACUGUGUCGCGAAGUUACCAACGCGAAGACAACAGUUUUGCCAGUGACGAUGAGGAAACCGAGGGAGAAUUCCCCUUUGUUCGCGGUAAAUUAUUCAAGAUAGCCUUUGGCAUUGGAGAUCGUUCGUUCCUGAUUGCCGUCAAUGGGCAAUACUUCACCUACUACAAUUUCCCGGUGCGUCCGUUCUCUAUCUCUACGCUUAAGUGCUUUACUAACGAUGUGGGCGACUUUGCCGUGCGCAGUCUGGAGUAUCAUUCAGAUUCGCCUUUGUUGUCACGGGUUGAGAAGCUUUCCAUCAUAUAGA